AUGCCGUACAAAUCCGACUGGACAGUGGCCAUACCAGAAUGCUCCCUGCCGACUUUCCUUUUCAAGUCGCCCACGGCGCCGUUGGGAUCCAAGCGCGCCUUUUCUGAGGCUGCACGCCCUGAUACGCACUGCCUGACGCGUGACCAGUUUCGGUUAUGGGCCCAACGAUUUGCACUUGGCUUGCAACGGUCCAAGCAUUUUAGAAAAGGGGACCGCAUUCUUCUCUUCAGUGGCAAUGACUUUUUCGUUCCAGUCGUGUUCAUGGGCGUGCUGUGCGCCGGCGGAAUCUUCUCUGGCGCCAACCCGACUUUUGUCGCAAGAGAACUGGCACACCAACUGAGAGACAGCGGCGCGACGUACCUUUUGUGCGCAGAAGGUUCAUUAGAGACGGGUAUUGAAGCUGCAAGACUGGCCGGCCUGGAGGUGGCUGAGAGGGUCUUCGUCUACAACUCCAAGAUAUUUGAUGGGCAGACCACUGGGCUCAAGGGUUGCAGAUACUGGAGUGAACUUGUGGCACCAGCGGAAGACGCCAAGGGAUUUGCCUGGGAUGAUCUAACAGGAUCAGGGCAAUGCGACAUCACCCUAGCAUUGAACUACAGCAGUGGCACAACGGGUGUUCCCAAGGGCGUCGAGAUCACCCACAAGAAUUACAUCUCCAACACACUACAAGUGCAAUAUAUGUCCAAACUCGACCCAGAAUAUCAAGCUCGCAACGCCCGUGCCUCAUGGCUCUGUUUCCUUCCGCUGUACCAUGCAUACGGCCAGACUUUCUACAUCGCUAGCGCCUUUAACCGCGAGAUACCAGUCUAUGUUAUGCCCAAAUUCGACUUCAUUCACUUCCUCGAGUAUACGCAGAAAUUUCGCGUCACCGACUACACGCUCGUGCCCCCCAUAGCAGUCAUGUUGGCCAAACAUCCCGCAGUGGAGAAGUAUGACUUGAGCUCCGUCGAGAAUAUUGGAUCUGGGGCUGCACCGUUGGGCCGCGACGUUUCGGAACAAGUGGAGCGACGCAUAGGCACAGGCUUGAACUUCAAGCAGGGAUGCACUUGCUCCAUUCUCGGCUGGGAUCCGAGGAAGAUAUCUUUGACUAACUCUGUCGGUCAACUCAAUCCUAACUGCGAGGCCAAGAUAAUGACUGAGGACGGCGGCUCGGAGAUCACGAGUCGCGGGGCUUCCGCGGUAGGAGAACUAUGGUGUCGUGGACCCAAUGUUAUGAAAGGAUACUGGCGCAAUCCAAAGGCAACCGCGGAAACGCUUACGCCAGACGGAUGGCUGAAAACGGGCGAUAUCGCAUAUGUGGACGAUGAAAUGUGUUUCUUCAUAGUCGAUCGGAAGAAGGAAUUGAUCAAGGUGAAGGGAAAUCAAGUGGCGCCCGCCGAGCUCGAAGCCCUUUUACUCGAACACCCCGGAAUUGCAGACGCGGCAGUGAUAGGCAUGCCGACCGAAGACGGAGAUGAGAAGCCACGCGCCUUUGUCGUCCGGCAGGUCGGGCCGCAGGGAGCUAACCUGACGGGAGAGCAUGUCAAGAAAUUCGUCGAAGGGAAAGUCGUUCGAUACAAACGAUUGGCAGGUGGAGUGGAGUUUGUGGAUGCUAUUCCCAAAAAUCCUUCCGGCAAGAUCCUAAGGAGACAAUUGAGAGAUGCAACGAGAGAACGGAUGAGAAGAGAUAGUGUGAGACUGUGA